AUGUACCAGAACCAAGACUUCAUGUUUACAGGUCACCCGGGCACCCAGGUACCAGCUCCCAGUUACACCACUGGGCAAGUCUCUCAUAUCCCCGGGGCAUCAGUGAGAGCUGCUGUCUGUGUGAAGAUGCAGAACGCUUCUGGUGACGAACACAGCUUAUGCAACUUGGUGGUACAGAACAUCAGCAUGAGAUCAAAUGUCGCUGUGGAGUAUCAGGUUGAAAGUGGAUCUCCUUUCAACUUCAGACCAAUGAACUUUACUCCUCCCCUUAUGUCUGAGCAGUAUUAUAAAGAUGACUGGCCUGAGACAUGGGAAAGUCAGGGUUGUUUCACGUCCUCUGUUGUUGGCUGUGUUCCUAGAGUGCAGGGGCAGAUGCAGGUGGAUGGCUCCUGCUGCCUUGACGUUCCUGCAUGGUGGACUGUGCCCUGGAACUGCCUGCUGGAAAAAGAAGCCCGGAGAAGGAGAAUUAUUCUGAACCAGAAUCAAAAGGACACUCUUCAUGCUUGGUUUGAAAAGAAUCCCAACCCAGAUUUAGCCACGAGGGGACAUCUGGCUAAGGAACUCGGCAUCUCUGAGUCUCAAAUUAUGACUUGGUUUCAGAAGCACAGAAAAAUGCAGAAACAAGUAGAGUAUGAAUAUUGCUUUGAAGAAAGCCAAGGCCAGGGACAAGAUAAACCUAAAGUUAAAGAAGCUGGAAGGAGCAGGACACACUUCACAAAAUUUCAGACUGAUAUUCUAAUCGAAGCUUUCCAGAAGAAUCGAUUUCCUGGGAUUGUUACCAGGGAAAAACUGGCUCAACUAACAGGCAUCCCGGAAUCCAGAAUUCAUAUAUGGUUUCAGAACCGAAGAGCUCGACACCCAGAACCAAGACAGAGCCCUCAAGCAAAUGUUAAAUGCCCCCAGAUUAGCCAGAGCCUUGCUCAGAAGACUGCCUGUCAACUUGUUCCUUCCAAAGCUCCUGCCACUAGCUCUUCUGUUCUGUCACCUCCUUGUCCUCCCCCAACACCAUCUGGUCCUUUGGAUCUCUCUAGGGGCCGUCAGAAACAGUUGUCAAGGACCACAGCACCACAGCUCUCCCAGCUAGUACAGCGAAGGGGUGAUGGUCAAAACUCCUCAGUGUUUGCUGGCCACUCACCACGGGUCAGAACUUCAGGCGAGGAGGCCUUCUGUACUCCUUUAGGGCUCCCAACCCAAGAAAGAUGUCAGGACUCCAUUGAGAACAGUGGCUUGGCUAUACUGCCCUUAGAAGAUUCUACUCAGGCUCCAGCUGUCAAUCAACACUUUCAGGAACCGGACCCGAAAGACCCCGCCUUUCUACGACACUGGGAUGAAUGGUUCCAGUCCAUGCUUGCUGAAUGGAUGCCUGAUAAAGAAUACUGGUCUCCUGAGAAAGCGGAGCUGCAUCCGUGGCAGGAGCAGCUUCCGCAGCCUGCCGACGUGCCUCACCAAGCAGACCAAACUCCACAGCAGUAG